AUGUUUGGCGAUGCCCACUCUCUGUGCCUCGACCUCACUGUCAAAAAACAGUCCAGACCGGGUCAGCCCUGGUGUCAAGUCCAGGGCUCCGUGGACACAAAGCCUUUCCUCCAGUAUGACAGUGACAGCAACAAGGUCCUCCCUCCCUGCAGAUCAGGCUGUGUUGUCAGCGUGAAGCCCAGCAAUGCUCUGACCAUGAGCAUAACCUGGACAAUCAUCGAUCCUGGAGCCACAGGCCUCAAGGAGGAGUGGGAGAACAGCCAGGAGCUGGCAGAGUACUUCAGGAAGAUCUCAGUGGGAGACUGCAGUUAUUGGCUUAGGGAAUUCCUGGAACACUGGGAGAACAUGCUGCUCCCAGAGCCCACAGGUAACUGAGUCGGGUGUGGGGGAGGUGGGGGAGGUGGUAGCUCUCUUCAAAGGUCUAGUGCCUUCAUGUGUGGAUAUGAGCACAUAUGUUUGU